CACUCAGUACUGACACCAUUUAUUAAAACAUGUGUGUGGUUAAUAAUAAAUAAUUUAUGUGACAUUAAAGUUUGAAUCUGGUGAUAUUAUUGCGCAGUGCUGGCAACAAAGCCGCGCGAAGCUCCCUGUGCUCUAUUAAAAAGAAAAUUAAUUUGGUGCUCAGCUGUUUUGUGUUGUCAGUUGUUUCGAUGUUUUGUUAAAAAUUUGUUGUUUAUUGCGGUAACCGUCUUCAAAGUCAACAAUGUCUAACUGUGUCCGUCAACUGUACGAUAUUUGCAUUGCAGUCGCUGUCGCAGAUUGCGUCACGAGUUGUAGAUUUUGCAAGAAGGAGUUUAGAACUUUGCCAAACAAUGUCCUGUUUGAUUUUUAUUAUAAGAUGUUCAUUGAAAAACGACUGUGCCUUUUGGCAGGGGAAUUCAGUGAUUUGGAAAUAUUUAUGAGAAUGUUGACUGUUAAACAUAAACGUCCACAAUUGCUGAAAUGUUAUCAGUCUCUGGUAGAUCAUGGAUCCAACGUUUCCGACGAUUUGAUCAGGAAUUACGAAAAAUUAAUCGCCAAUUCAACAAACAUUAAUCAGGUGAUCGAUACAGGUUUGAGAUUAGGGAGUUUCUUCAAUGAAGGUGGAUGGUAUAAUCAUUCCAUUAAGGUAUUAAACAUUACUGAGAAGCUGUGCAAGAAGCAAGAGCAGGACGUUUACGUUUUAAGAAAGCUUUUGGACUGUUACCAUAAGAAAAUAUUUGCUGAAGCUAUUUACUGUGAGUUCGUGGCAGCUGAAAAAACGUUUACUUCAUCAAGACAAGUAGUUAGCGCCUUAGAAGAAAUAAAUUCCGUACCAAACUUAGCAGGCUUAUACACAAAUUAUUCUGUAUAUUACACAUGGAGAAGUGAAUAUGAUGAGGGCUUUAAAUGGGCAGUGGAAGCUUUGAAGCUUGUAAACGAUGACUUGCCGCCCCGCGUGGUGAUCGAAGUGCUCCGACAAGCGGCCAAAACCUGCGUAGUUAAAAGACGAUUCAAUUUAGCUGGUCUUCUGAUUCGUCAGGCCGUUAACAUGGACUCCGAACAGUACAAGAGGGACUCUCAUCCUCGGUUUUCGGACACGCUGAUCGACUAUGGCUUCUACCUGCUAAAUUUCGAUUCGAUACAGGAGAGCGUGAAGGUUUACAAGAAGGCACUGGAAAUCCGCAAGGAAAUUUUCGAUAAGAACAACAUUAACGUGGCACUGGCACACGAGGACAUGGCAUACGCUCUUUAUGUGUUUGAGUACAGUUCUGGGAGGUUUUCUUCUGCCAGGGAUCAUUCAGAGAAAGCUAUAAAAAUAAUGGACAACAUUUUGCCAAAAGACCAUUUAAUGUUGUCAUCAGUGAAGAGAGUUAAGGCGCUUAUUUUAGAAGAACAAGCCCUGGACGAGAUCAACAAUCAGAUCCUUCAAGACAGGUAUCUGAAGGAGGCAGAGCAGCUGCAUAAAAUUGCCUUGGAAUUAUCACUUAGAGCUUUCGGCGAGAAGAAUGUGCAAACUGCAAAGCAUUAUGGGAAUUUAGGUAGAUUAUAUCAAAGUAUGAAAUUAUUCAAAGAAGCCGAGGAGAUGCACCUGAAAGCCAUAGCCAUUAAAGAGGAGUUGUUAGGAAAGGAAGAUUAUGAAGUGGGUUUAAGCAUAGGACAUUUGGCUUCUUUGUAUAACUAUCAUAUGAAAAGGCAUAAAGAUGCUGAAAAAUUGUAUAUGCGUUCAAUAGAAAUUAAUUUAAAUUUAUUUGGAGAAUCAUAUUCAGGAUUAGAAUACGAUUAUCGGGGACUCAUUAAUGUUUACUCAACUUUAUUCGAUGUUCCAAAUAUGAAUAUUUAUAGUCAAAAGAUGCGGGAGUGGAAAAACAUUAGAAACAGAAUCAAGCCAAUUUGCCAUAAGGCACAGUUAUUGCCUUUAAAAGAGAUCGUUGAAAAGUUCUUUAGCAUGUAUUAGUGAUAAUUCCUAGUCAUUUUUUAUAAAGGAUAGAAGCAAAUGUCUUUGAUUUUUAUUAGCGAAUCUUAAAAGAAAAAUCGACUGAUCAUUUAUAAUAUCAUUUUUUGUGACAAUUUUGACACACAAGCGACAUUAUUACUAUUAUUUAAUCAAAAAUUCUAGUCCGGAUAGAUUCUAGAUCUGAUCUAAAGUUUUAUUGUAAAGAUGCUUAUAACUGCCAAUUGUGAUUGUAAAUUAAAAAAAAAAAGUAUUGACAAAGUUUUGCAUUUAAUGUUUUUAAUUAUUCAGUGUAAGCAGUGACAAUUUUAUGUUUUAUUUCUAUGACAAUUGAUCUCUAGUUCUGUAUAUUAAUUUUAAUUUCAUGCUUUAUAUUUAUGUGCAAUAUACAUGUAUCAUUUUGGUUAUCGAUUUUAAAAUUUCAUUUAUUUUACUAGUUCAAUCAUAAAUUAAUAUAUUUUAUUAUAACAGUCUAGUUUGAUCUUGUUUGUGUAUUAUACGAUUUACAUAUUUACUACACUUAGUAUUAUUUUCUGAUAUAAAGCUUGGUAGCUAAAACAUCAUUAUAAUUUUUUAUUUUUUCAUUCUUUAUAAGGUAAUGUUCAACUCGAAAACAGGAACAUCAACAAUUUUUGACCAAAAUUUCUCUGUGUGUUCUCUUUGAAAUGUUCAAAAUCAUUUUUAAAAGAUUAUUUUACUUUAGAUGCCAGAAGGUGGUUAAUUAUGCAUCAUUAAAAAUUCUACUUUUAAUUAAGAUAUAAAAUUGUAUUCUGUUGUAUGUUAUUAAUUGUAGAUUUAGUUACUUAAUUUCUUGACAAAUCAUAUAAUAUAUAUAAUAUAAUAUAUGUAAAAAUAUUCUUCACACAUUUUUGUUAUUGUAAAUAAAAUCUAUAUUCAAAUAAAAA